CUAUCGGAACAUAUUUUUUCAAAAGUAAAUAACAAAUAGGGAAACCCCGAGAGAAAAUGGGGAUAAUGGUGAACUUUUUAAAUGCCCUGCGAAAGGUGCGACUUAAAUUGUCCAUGGAAAACACCAACCAGGUGGCAAAAAGCCUGGCAGCUUCUAAAUUUAAUGAUGAGCAGGCAGCAACCCCACAAAAGACACCAGAUGGAUCCGAAAUGCUCUGGCAGAAUAUCAAGAGGGUGCUGCUCAUUUGUGGCGGCCAGAAGAAACCCGGCGGCGUUGAGGAUGAGAAGCGCAUGAAGGACUCGUGCCGUUUGGUCGAUGUCCUGGAGGCCCAGCGGUUCGUUAGCCAGGUAUUCGCCGCCAUGCAGGUGCCCAAACAGGCGGCCAGUGAAAUGGCCGAUGCCCUGAUAGCCGCCGACUACAUAGGCCAACGUUCGAUGGGCAUCCAUCGAUUGCCGGCGAUUGCAGCGGACCUUCUGAACUGCACCGUUUCGGGUGAUGCCACGCCGGGAAUUGUGGCCGAAAAGAAGGCCAUCGCCCUGGUGGAUGGCCACAAUGCUCCUGGACCCGUGGUGGCCAACUUUUGUAUGGAUCUGGCCCUGCAAAAGGCCAGGGAGGUUGGAAUCGGUUGGGUUUCGGCUCGCAGCUCAAACUGCAUUGGCUUCGCCUCUUGGUACGCGUGUCAAGCGCUGGAACAGCGAAUGAUUGGACUCUGCAUGACCAACGGAGCUCCCACUUUGGUGCCCGCCGGAGGAAUCGAACCCAUACUGGGUGAGAAUCCGAUUGCCUGCGCCGCCUCCGGGGUGCAUGAACAAUUUCUGGCUGAUUUCGGUAUGGCUGCCUGUUCGGUGGAGGAACUGGAGCUAUCCUAUUGCAAUGGCUGGUCAAAGGAAGUGCCCAAAUUAGUGGCUUUGGAUAGGAACGGCAGGGAGACCACCUCCACGGAAGAGGCGUUGAGGGCCCAACGCAUCCGAGCCUUUCAGCCCGAGCACAAGGGCUUCGGCAUGGCUGCCAUGGUUGACAUUUUGUGCGGUGUGAUGACAGGUGCUCGAUAUGCAAAUCAGAUCCAGCGACGAGGCGUCUAUAGUACGGAAAAUGCCCCGGCGGAUCUGGGCCAAGUUUAUGUGGCCAUCGAUCCGAUGCGCUUUUGUCCUUCCUUCGAGGACCGACUGGGCGAUUUCCACCGGCUGCUGAGACAAGCAAUGCCGCGCAAGGUGGGCAAACCAGCGAUGGUGCCGGGCGACAAGGAGAUGGAGCACAUGAAAAUGGUCGACGAACAGGGCGGACUCACAAUGUCACCCUGCACUCUGUGCGUUCUCGAAGAACUGGCCACAAAGUUCGGCAUCGUCCCCCUAAAGAUGAAGGGCAAUAAACCAAGUGAGGAACUGCAAAUGGCCUAAGCAACUCUAUCAUAACUUGAUUUUUGUUUGAUUUAAAUAGUCAAAUAGCGAAGACAACAUUUUUAAUUUAAUUAAAAUAUUACACAGUCUUAAAUAAAAUUUUAAAACAAGGAAAAUAUAUGAUGGAAACCAGAAGUGAGAUAGCACAGGAUAAAACAUAUUUUACUCAAGAUAUUUUAUCUUGUGCUGUCUCACAAUCCUUCUGGUUUAAUGUGCAAA